AUGAAAUUAAGUGAUCGGAGGGAAAUAUUUGUAGUGCGCAACAUCUUUCUAGCUGUAGAAUCGAGCGAGGUUCGAGACCGACUGGAGCAGUGCAACGGUAACGUGCUGGUGGUAGUUUAUGUUUUGAUGGAUGAAGUGUAG